AUGCCUGUCAAACUUCGGAGAGCUGGACACACUAAACGCCUUAAAUGGGAACAUUCCGAAAUCCUCUCGCACUUCAAUUUCAUCGCUGAUAACUUGGACCACUGCUCCGUGAAGCCCACAUCCAGCGGCAUCUUUUCCACGCACUUACCUCCGAAGUUACGCACACCGAUAACGCGUCAAGAUAAGACGCCGCGCUGUUCCUAUAAAAGCGACGGUCCGGCAAUUUUCGACACACUUGUACCCAUCAACAGUUGUCACACGACCGUGAUAACACAGUUAGAAACCAGAGCAUCUGUGAAGGCCGAGGCGGCCUACUUGCGUAGCAAAUACAAUAUACCCGGAGCACGCAGCGCCACUGUGGAAUUGGAGAAUGAAUAUAACUUUUCUUACUAUGGCAAGAUCACCAUCGGUACACCGGCGCAAGACUUCCUGGUACUCUUCGAUACUGGCUCAUCCAACUUGUGGGUGCCAUCAUCCAGCUGUUCCAGCAGCGACGAAGCUUGCCAAAAUCACAACAAGUACACCUCGAGCGCUUCCAGCACUUAUGUGAAAAAUGGUGAAAGCUUCUCCAUCGAAUACGGUUCCGGCAGUUUGUCCGGUUUCUUGUCGGAGGAUACCGUUAGCGUAGGUGGACUCAGUAUUAAAAAGCAAGUUUUCGCCGAAGCUACAGCAGAGCCUGGUGACACCUUCGUUGACUCUCCUUUCGAUGGUAUUUUGGGUAUGGCCUUCCAGUCGAUUGCCGUUAACAAUGUUGUGCCACCUUUCUACAACCUGUAUUCACAGGGUUUGGUCAGUGAGAACUUAUUCUCCUUCUAUUUGGCCUCAGCUGGUACCUCCACUCAGGGUGGUCAAUUGAUUUUGGGUGGUUCAGAUUCCAGCCUCUACCAAGGUAGUCUCACCUAUGUGUCCUUAUCCGAAGAAACUUAUUGGCAAUUCAGUUUGGGUGGUGCUACCAUGAACGGACAGGUCUUGUGCAGUUCCGGUUGCCAAGCCAUCGCUGAUACUGGCACCUCACUCCUGGUUGCCCCAUACAGCGCCUACAACGCAUUCGUGAACAUCGUUGAUCCCGAUGGUGAUAGCACCGUUUCCUGCUCGUCGGUGGACAGCUUGCCUGAUAUUGACUUCGUCAUUGGUGGUGUAACCUUCUCUGUACCGGCUUCAAAAUACAUUCUUAAUGAAGACGAUCAGUGCUCACUUGCCGUCAGUUACAUUGGUACCGACUUCUGGAUCUUGGGUGAUAUCUUCCUUGACUUGUACUACGCCGAAUUCGAUUUGGGCAAUAGCCGCAUCGGUUUCGCCCCAGUCGCUUAA